CGGCCCCAUCGUUGGAGAGUCAGCUGCAAGCCACUCCCCUGCUAAAACCGCCUGUCAUGGAGCGGCCAUCUGCUGCCCUCCCCCUCCUCUCCUGUUCGGUUGUUGCUGUCAUCUAUCGGUCAGCUGCAACACUGCCCCUGCGUCUACCACUAUCACCACAAUCAAACCAAUAUGCCACAUAAUGACAUAAGGGAUACAUCAAACCAAAGCCUGCGGCAAACGAUUAAAAAGAAACGAUUCAUGUCGUGGGAUGCAAUCCGAGCCUGAAUAUUGAUAUCCAUUGUCGUUCAGUCGUUCCCGGUCCGACAGACUCGCCAUCAUACUCUCCACCGCCAGGGCGCCUCGACUCGUGCCACUCCCAUCGCCCCGUCUGAUGCUCCUCCGCCCCCGCCUCGUCCGCGCUCCCCUCCGCCACGCCUCUGCCCGCGCGGCCUUCUCCGCCAGGCACCUCGUUCCCCGCGGCAGCGACGCAGACGCCAGCACCGACGCCACCGCAUCAGAUGCAAUCGUUCGCCUCGUCGCCGCAGGCGGCGGCACCCUCGAGGCCGACCUCGAUCGCCUCUUCCCUGCCCUCUCCCACGGCCUCGUCGCCAGCACCCUCCGCACGCUCACGGACCGUGGCGUGCCCGCGGAGCGCUUCUUCUCGUGGGCGUCCCUCCGCAGGGGCUUCUCCCCCAGCGCCCACGCACACAACCUGCUCGUCGACAAUGCCGGGAAGCUGGCCGACUACGGGGCGAUGUCGCGCGCCCUCGCGCUCAUGUCGCAGCGGAGGCUUUCGCUGACCGAUCGGGCGUUCGAUUUCUUGGCGCCGUCGGGGUCGUCGCGGAGCAGCAGCGUCGAGGAUGCUGCGAGAGCGGUCCUGCGGGUUUUGGACGACGUCGGCGGGCCCUGCCGCGCGUCCGGCGUGUUCUCGCUUGUCAAGGCGCUGGCUUCCACCGGCGAGUUCGACGCUGCGGUGUCCGUGAUUGAGGCGACGCAGAGGAUGGCGCGCUACUACAACGUCCUCGUCGCGGCCAAGUGUAAGGCCGGCGACUUUAUUGGCGCCCGCGAGGUGUUCGACGAAAUGAGAACGUCGGGGUGCGACCCGGACGCCAACACCUGGAACUACCUCCUCGGCUGCCUGCUCAAGAACGGGAGGACCGCAGAAGCGUGCGGCCUUGUGGAGACCAUGGAGAGGUCUAAACUUGGUGAAGUCCCAAACUCACUCACAUACGAGAUUCUCACGCACCACGCCUGCAAGGCUGGAAAGAUGGAUUCGGCAAUGCGGAUUCUUGAUCAGAUGCUCUUGGCAAAUCUGACACCCAGGAUCACCAUACACUCUGCAUUCAUCAAGGGGUAUUUCUACGCUGGGAGAAUAGACGAUGCCCACAGAUAUAUCAGUGACAUGAGUACCAGGGACAGGCAUUCUACGAAUCGGAACUACAGCCUGCUUGCAAAGCUGCUUCGGAAGUCAGGGAAGACCAUUGAUGCAGGCAGAGUUCUAUAUGAGCUAAUGGAGAAGGGCCUCAGGCCUGACCAUUCUGCUUAUGUUAAAGUGGCCAAAGAUCUGCACAAGAUGGGCAGGGGCGAUCUGGCUUCGGAAUUGAAGUCGAUGUUCGAAAGGUUCAGUUUGCAGGCAGAUAUUGGGCGAUGAUGUGUUUAACAUUGGCUAUUAAGUUGAGUGAAACUUGCCUGUACAUAGAAGAUUGAUAUCCUCCACACCUAUCACCAGGAUAUGCACCUCAAAUGAACCAUGAACGCAUGCUCAAUAUAUUUGGGUGAUGAAAUUUAUUUAUUUAUUUGUUUUAGGUAAACAACCGAGUGUGAAUCAAUUGAUGUAUAUGGCUCUCUCACUAUGAGUGAACUAGCUGAUUUUGAUGUUCAUGAUCAGGUUCAUGGAGAAAAGUAACUUAUAUGACUCAUAGAGGCAUAGUCAUUACUCUGAAAGAUCAGAUAGUGAUCAUACAAACAAGAAACGUGU